AUGCGUCUUUUUCGGCACCAAGAGGCAUCUGACUGGGCCUCAGAGGAUGUGCGUAUCAGACUGCGGUACGGGCUGUUUUGUUGUGCGCUUGUGAGAUUUGACAAUUUUGGGCGCAGGAUCGGAGACGUUGUCAGGCCUUUGACCACUGAUGUCCCAGAAGUCUGGCUGGAAUCGGCUGGAAGCAGCGGAUUCGUAAUGAGGUUAUCAGGAGCCUCUGUGUUUUGUGAUGCGGACACAAGGCGAUCAUUGAUAUGUCAGAAGAACUUACUCCUUCCCAGCGAGCGCUUAUCGCUCGCAAUCGGGAACGCGCUGAGCAACUUCGCUUAUCUCAAAUUGUUGCGAAUGAUCAUGCGGGUUGCUAAACGCCAUCGACCCUCAGCCACCGAUGGUGGGUUCAUCCCCGAAGAUGAAGUUAGUGAAGACCAGACGUUAUCUCAGCAGUUUGAGAAGGAUGAAGAGCUGACGGAUGACGAGUUUGAAUCAGGUUGUCAGAGACGAACCAAACGUCAUCGUCGAAUCAGAGGUCUCCCUUUGAGUUCCACAGAACAUGGACCACCUGAUGUGGACCAUCCUUUACCUCUUCCACCGGAUGAAGACAAGCCACUUUGUGAUCAGUGUAACCGAACAUUUGACGACUCUUUUUUGCGGAAACACUUCGAUGUGGAUGUCUGCGAUCGAUGUCGUGAUCCCAAAGGACUGCAUACCAUGAUUACAAAAUCCACCGCCAAAGACCGUUAUCUUGUCAACGACGUGGAUCUGGACGUAAGGGAACCAAAGUUGCGCUUUAUUCUCAAACGCAAUCCACACAAUUCAAUCUGGGGAGACAUGCGAUUAUAUUUGGAAGCGCAAGUCGCCCAACGCUCUUUAGAGAUCUGGGGUAGUGAAGACAAACUGGAAGCUGAACGGGAACGACGAGCCCGCCGAGUGGAAGCAUCAAAACUGAAGCACUAUAACAAAAGGAUCAAAGAACUGAAAGUUCAAACUCGUAGUAGCCUGUUCACGAAAACAACGGCCACACACGAACAUUCCUUCGGUCCGGAAACGUACGAUCGUGAGAAAGAUGUGUACGUGAAGCGUUGUACAGAAUGCAACUACACCAAUAUCUGCCUUGUUGUUGUUGUAGGGAACUUGUAUUUACACACAAAGUUACCAGCUUCCACCUCCAAUGCGCAGCUACUUACCCCACCUCCCCGAAUCAUCGGUGAACGAAACUGUGGCAGCUGCAACCACUGUACGACAAGUACGCGGUCAUUACAGGUGACAAUGAUGAUGCUACUCAGGAAUAAGUAG